AUCCCGUGUUGGGGUUUGAAAGGAAGAAGAUCGGAAGAGCGACUCGGCGAAGUAAGAAGGGUUUAACAACCAACAGAACGACCGGGGAUUUGCAGGAAAGAGGAGGGAGGCAUGAGAUCGCUGACGCUGUGGUCUUCCAAAGCCCCCAUCAAGUUUAGAAUGCCUACCGCGGAAAAUCUUAUUCCUAUACGUUUGGAUAUCGAAGUUGACGGUCAGCGGUACAAAGAUGCUUUCGUGUGGAAUCCUGAUGAUCCUGAUUCAGAAGUGAUCAAUUUCGCGAAAAGGACUGUGAAGGAUCUAAAGCUGCCUCCGACCUUUGUGACGCAGAUUGUACAGUCAGUCCAAGCUCAACUGGCAGAGUUUCGUUCUUUUGAAGGACAAGAUAUGCAUGUUAAGGAGAAGAUAGUGCCGCUUAAGAUUGACCUAAGAGUUAAUAAUACUGUAGUGAGAGAUCAAUUCCUAUGGGACGUAAGCAACUUUGAAAGCGAUCCUGAAGAAUUUGCGAGGACCUUAUGCAAGGAUUUGAAUAUUGGAGAUCCUGAAGUUGGGCCCGCAAUUGCCGUGGCCAUCCGGGAGCAACUUUAUGAGAUAGCAACUCAAAGUGUUUCCUCUCUAAGAGAAGCCAGAGCGGGGAAAAAAGGUCGCCGAGGAGCAGAUACUUUUAAUAGACCGGGCAACAGUGCCUUGGACUUGGUGAAGUAUUUUGGCAGCAAAGGGAGUGUCAUUCGAAAAAGGAAGGACUGGUAUUUGUAUGAGCCGAUUGUUGAUAUCUUAUCAAAUGAAGAAGUUGGCGCUCUUGAUGCAAGGGAGGAGCUGAAUGCUCGGUUGAAGCGAAAGUUGGACGAGAAAGAGUAGAGCUGUCGAACUUGAUAGCUCCAUGGGCCAUGGCUGAAGUGCAGCCGAAUAUCACGGUGUGUCAACAAUAGAUUUUGUUUUAUUUUUCAGCAGGCGUGACAGAAUCUCUCGCCCUCUCUCUGGGGAACAAUUGCCUUUGUGGCCUUAACUGAAGUUCUAUUUGUCGAAUAUGUAAUAUAAUUUCGUAUUGUAAAAGGUAAUUUUGUGCUGUAAGUGCAAUUCUUUCCAGAAGGUGGAAACGUUGGGAAUUAUAUGAGCACACUCCAGUUCAAGAAACCCUUA